AGGCAGUGGCGGCGGCGGCGGGCGGAGACGACCGUCGGGCGACGAUGUGGCUUCUCGGGGUGCGAGGAAUCUUCCUCACAACACCACCCAUACAUCUCCCCUUUUCCAGCGAUUCCUCCUCCUCCUUCCGCGCCCAACUUGCUGCCUCCUCCUCGUCUCUUUCAGCACGAUCGUGCUGUUCUCCUCUCCUCCGCAAUAAAAUUCCUCAUUGCCCUGCCCACCCGCACCCUCCCCCCAGCACACCUGCUCCUUGGGAGGGGCCAAAGGUCGUGGCCAAGCUCGAUUUCUACCCUCCUCCUCCUCCCGCAGCCCCAUUGGAGCCAGGAGACUAGGAGAGCCCCCCUUCUACGCCGCCAGCGACCUGUUUCUUGGAUCUUUUCUACUGGUAGAGAGGUAGCGCCGGGAUGGCGAAACUAAUGAACGGGCUCGGUAGCCUCCGCUGCUCAGGGACGAUGCAUCCGGAGAAAGGAUACAUGCAAGCUUCUGGAAUGCCUUACCUGUGCUUCAAAAGAUGCGCCCAGCUUGAUGUCUCCAGAUUCUGCAGUACUCCCCGUUUCAUGGGCGUGAAGGCUGUAAAUGUUUCCCAACAUCUUACGAGGCACAGGGUUGGCUCCAUCAGAGCCUCCGCUCUCCCAUGCUUGCAAGAUGAUUCCACAAGAUAUUUCGAUUUCGUGGUUAUUGGGAGUGGUGUUGCUGGCCUAAGGUAUGCUCUAGAAGUUUCUAAGCAUGGCUCUGUUGCUAUCAUUACCAAAGCAGAGCCUCAUGAGAGCAACACAAACUACGCACAAGGUGGUGUUAGUGCUGUUCUAUGCCCCUCGGAUUCUGUAGAAAGUCAUAUGCAAGAUACAAUUGUUGCAGGGGCUUAUCUGUGUGAUGAAGAGACUGUUAGGAUAGUAUGCACUGAAGGUCCAGAGCGUGUGAAGGAGCUAAUAGCCAUGGGUGCUUCUUUUGACCAUGGCGAAGAUGGUAGGCUGCACCUCGCAAGGGAAGGUGGACAUUCUCACAACAGAAUUGUUCAUUCUGCUGAUAUGACAGGAAGAGAGAUUGAGAGGGCGCUCCUUCAAGCGGUUGAAAAUGAUGAAAACAUAUCUUUAUUCGGUCACCACUUUGCCAUUGAUCUAUUGACCUGUCAGAACAAUGGUGAAAUGCAUUGUUAUGGGGUGGAUUCAUUGGAUACCAAAGCUCAGAAGGUAAUCCGUUUCAUCUCGAAAGUAACAUUGCUUGCAUCUGGAGGAGCCGGCCAUAUAUAUCCAACAACAACAAAUCCACCGGUGGCCACUGGGGAUGGAAUCGCAAUGUGUCAUCGUGCUCAGGCUGUGAUGUCCAAUAUGGAGUUUGUGCAGUUCCAUCCAACUGCACUAUCAGACGAAGGCCUCCCAAUAAAGCCAGCUAAAACAAGAGACAAUGCAUUUCUUGUAACAGAAGCAGUCAGAGGAGAUGGAGGAAUUCUCUACAACCAAUCCAUGGAGAGAUUUAUGCCUUUAUACGAUGACCGUGCAGAGUUGGCGCCGAGGGAUGUGGUUGCGAGAAGCAUAGAUGAUCAACUGAAGAAGCGGGGAGAGAAGUAUGUCCUCUUGGACAUCAGCCACAAGCCAAGAGAGAAAAUUCUUGCUCAUUUUCCCAAUAUAGCAGCUGAAUGUCUGCGGCACGGUCUGGACAUCACCCAACAGCCCAUACCCGUCGUUCCUGCAGCUCAUUACAUGUGCGGUGGUGUCCGGGCCGGGUUGCAGGGGGAAACAAGUGUGAAAGGCUUGUAUGUUGCUGGUGAGGUUGCUUGCACUGGAUUGCAUGGGGCUAAUCGUCUUGCGAGCAACUCAUUGCUGGAGGCAUUGGUAUUUGCUCAGAGAGCGGUGCAGCCUUCGAUUGAUCACAUGGUUGAUGUGGAUGCUGACCCUUGUCUUGCAGUUAAAUGGGCCCGGCCCAUGCUCUCUGUCUCCAUUACGGACAGUACACUGUCUGACAUAAUUGAGAGGACAAAGAAGACCAGGAUGGAGCUGCAAUCCAUAAUGUGGGAGUAUGUUGGCAUAGUGCGGUCGACGAACCGGCUGAAGAAUGCAGAAUGGAAAAUUGGUGAUCUGGAGUCAGAAUGGGAGAAGUUCUUGUUCAGGAGGGGCUGGAAGCCUACCAAUGUUGGGAUUGAGGCCUGCGAAAUGAGGAACCUCUUCUGCUGCGCAAAGCUUGUCGUGAAGAGUGCGCUCGCGAGGCACGAGAGCCGAGGCCUGCACUUCACGGAGGACUUCCCUUACCUGGAGGAGAGCAAAAGAAAGCCCACAGUGAUCUUCCCUACUGCCAUCCAAGAGCUGACAUGGAGUUCAAAGCCAUUGCAGAGGCAGCUGCAGUGCAAAUAGCUGCCACACCCAUACCAUGGAGUUUGGAGAAUUGGAGGCUUGAAGAUUCAUCAUUAACUGACCAAAAUAACUAAAUAGGCUGAAGUAGCCUUUUAAUCUGGCAGUAUACUCAUCCAGACAAGCUGGAGUUGUUAUAGAUUCGUCAAUUAUUAUUAGGCUGAACUAGCCUGCUUAUUUUUGCCAUUCCCAUCAGCUUCAGGUGUUGUAACUUGUAACUAUAAGGUGUGAUUGUGGUCUUGUUCUGAUCCUUAAUGUGUAGCAUAGGGCUGCAGAUGACUGUACCCAUUGAUUUGUUUUGAACGGCUAGACCCCAUCAAAUUCUAAUUCGAUGAUGAUUAGCAUGUAUUCUCCCGUUGGUUACUUUAAUAAAUAUAGAUGGUAAUG